GCAAUAUGAUUUAAAAGUUAAAUUGACAUAAUACUUAUUCAUAAACAAAGUAAAAAAUGGAAGAAUUUCCUUUGGGAUAUCGAGAAGUUGUGCCUGAUCAAACUGUACCAGAGAAAUGGAACGAAAUCACGUUGAACACGGGCGGAAGCCAAAGUACCUUACAGGACAUAAAAGUUCCAGAGAGAGCAGGGGGCUAUUCAUACAAUGAUGGCUCGAAAUAUUUUACACGGAAUCGAUUUAUUUAUUGGCGUAUUUGUCAUGAUGUACUUGAGUUGGUUGAACAUAGUCUAGAUAUUAAUUUAGCCAACUGUAGAGUAAGAUAUAAGUUUACAGAUACACCUAUUUUGGAUGGCAUUUCUAUACAUGAAACAAUUAAUUCAGUCAUUAUAUUAAUAGCAACUGUUUCUAGUGUUCAUAAGUUAUCAUUUCCUCAUCCUGAAAGAAUUCAUAAAAAUGAACACUCAUUAAGUACAUAUAAGGAUUUAGGUACACAGUCAAUAUUUAGCGAAAUGUCUGCACAGAAUGUGAAAAGAACUAAGGAAGAUCCACAUAUGUUUCAUGUUAUCACAAAUGCAGGAACUACAAAUUCUCCAGUUCCUCAUGCAGCUGCAUCAUGGCUUAUUCCACCACAAGAAGCACUGUUUGCUCUUGCUUAUAAUUCUGGAACUAUACUUCUCCUGAGGCUAGAUACAAAAACUGGCCUUGUGCACAGCAGUGAAUUAAAACAAGAUUCAAUAGUGCCAAGAUUUCUUAGUGGUAUUGCAACUGCUUUCAGAGGACGCAAUUCUGAAGCCCAUGUGGCUAUGUCAUUAACAAUACAUAGUUGUGAAAGUGAUACGUAUCUGUUUGCAUUGUGUCGUGAAGGUAAUAUCCGUAUGUGGUCUUGUAACAAAGCUCAAUGCGUAGCUGUGACUGAUACAGCGAUAGAUAAUCGCAUUGCUUCGCAAGGUGCACAGGGCCAUACAUUAAGAAAAGCAUUGGGUCCUAAUAAUGAAUUAUACUUGGGAACUUUUUUAAAAUUUAGUACUAGGUGUGAAUUUAGUAUUUUAAAGCCAAUUCAAGAUAAUGGGAUGUUUAAAUUUGUUAGAUUAUGUACCAAGUUCGCACAAGAUCAACAUUUAGUUGACUUUUUCUUUACCACUACUCGAUUAUGGGCUGUUUGGAGAACCACUGAUAUGGAUACAGUUGAAGUAACGCAUGCUCAAUUAUCAUUGAGCGGUGGACGCGUUAACUCUGAAUGGGAAGCUGCGAUUCUAGAACAAAUGCCAGACAGAGACUACAUUCUUAGUGAUGCUGAUACUGAUCCAAGACAAGCAUAUAUCAAUUACAUUUUUCACCCUGGUCAGUUCUCUUUGGCAGAUAUAACAAAAGCACUGAACAUAUACAAAAGAUCUAAUUUUUUGGAAGAUAAAAUUCUUUCUGCUGCGGAAUUGAAAGAACGCGUGUGUAUUGCGGUAGAAGCUGAGAUACAAGCUGAAAUUAUGGAUUACGAACUUAUGGAUGAAGAUUAUUUAGAAAUUGCCAAUCGUUGUUGGUCAAAAUUUUAUUCUUGGGUUAUACAGUAUCAUGCCAAUAGUACAAGGCCAGUGGGAUUGUUGUUACUGCCUAGCGUUUAUGGAGUAGUUUUACUUAAAAAGUCGUGCUUCUCGCUUUUGAGACCAAUGGAAGCUUUAGAAUAUUUAAUGUUUUGUAAUGAAAGAUCAUAUACAUCCCGAUUCAAAACAACGCCGGUUUUAUCACAAGACGAAGAUAUAUGUCAGGAUCUUAUUACUUUAAUGUCAGCAUUAGUACUAUUAGAAGAACAAUUAUCCGAAGAAACUAAAACAGCGGUAAAGAGAGAGCUGUAUCAUUUAAAAAGUCCAGACACUAUUAUCGAUGAUUUAUUGUCAAAACUGAUGUUGGAGUCGGAAGAACCGAUUAGUAACUUUGUCACGCAUCAUCUUAGCUGUCACAAAUUAUCAAAUGUUAGAGAUAUAUCCAGCGCUAUGGCAAUGUUGCUAGAAACAUUAACAUAUGAUCUUGGACAACCAAACAAAGUACAUCUUAAUGAUAAUCAUGAUGCCUCGAUACUCUUACUCAAUAUAAAUCACUUUUUUAGUAGUCACUUAGGCAUCUCGGCAAUAUCGAAAAGUGUAGCACAAAUAACACAAUUGAGAUUCGCGAUCUGCAGAAAUUUAUUAAUUUUGCAACAAAUGAUACUACUACGACCUGAAUUAUUUGAUUCACGAUCAUUACAUUCCAUAAAAUCAUCAUUAGCACCUAAGACAGUUGUGUUAAUGCAAGCUUAUUAUGUUGUGACGUGGAUAUGUGAAUCCACAGCAUUACCAAUGCCUGUACAAUCUCUAUUAGAUUCUAGUGUUCAGCGUCUAGCAUUAUUGAAACUUGUUGAUUCGAGAGCAAAUAUAGGAUUCAAGCAACAUCGAUCUUCAUCAUUAUUAGAAUUAUUUAUAGAAAAGAGUGGUGCAAAACAUGCUCAUAAUUUGAUGGCUCAUACAAAUUUAGAUGCGACUAGUUUAAUUCCAUGGCAUUAUGGGAUGUUAACGCAUAUUACUUUUAUCGCACAGCUCGUAUGGCCGAGAUCGGGAAAUUUUAUCUUCCCCGAAUGGCUAUUGUCUAGUUGUCAGUUCUUGCUGGUUCAAGAGUAUGUGAGGCUUCUGAAUACAUGGUGCGAGUGGAACAGUGCAUCGAGAAAAUUUAUAUUAGCAGUUGCGUUGCUUGAAAUGGGAGAAGCGCAUAAAGCUUGCGAUCAUUUCCUUCGAGCUUCUAGAGGAAUUUUGACAGAUGAAUUUUUAGCUGAUGCCUUACUCGAAUCUAGCGUACUAUCCGAAAAUAGUUCGUUAAUUCAGUAUUACUUGAAAGUUAUUAAAUUAUUUGAGGAACAUAAUGCUUCCGACUGUAUCAUAGAGCUCGCUGAAACAGCUAUAUUAAUGGCUGAUAAAGAUGAUCCUAAUUUGCCAACACUUCACUCAAUAGUAUUCAUGCAACAUUUGAACCUGGGUCACCAUAUAAAAGCUUACAAUUGCUUGAAUUCGAAUCCGGAUGUUGCACGUAGAGUAGAUUGUUUGAGACAAUUGGUAGUGACUCUCUUUGAACGUAAAAAGUUAAUAGAUUUAAUUUCAUUUCCGUAUGUCGAUAUGUAUGAAGAUUUAGAGAGAAUAGUAGAAGGUAGGGCCAGGAGUGUGGACCUCAUAGAAAAUAAUUACUACAAUUUUUUAUAUAGCUUUCACAUAGAUAAAGGGAACAUGCGGAAAGCUGCGUCAGUGAUGUACGAGCAAGCUAUGCGAUUAAGUCAAGAAUCACAAUCUGUUGCGAUCGUAUCAAGGCAAGCUCAGUGCUUGUUAGCUUGUAUUAAUGCAUUACAUCUUGUCUCUGAAAAGUAUAGAUGGAUCGUUAGGCCUGUAAUUGAUCAGAACUAUUUGGAGGAAAUGGAUUAUGAAGUACAAACGAGAAGAAGCAUCAGUAACGAAGAUAUUUUGCAUUAUAAAAUAAAAAAACAAGUCGAAGUUCUUGAAUUAAAUGAUAUAAAAAGGGAAUACUACAUUGUGGAUGCAAGAUUGAAAGUAUCGAAAAUAAAUUCGGAGUUGCAUAUUGUUUCACAUGCUGGACCCUCGGAGCUUAUUAUUAUACUACCAACUAUUGGAUUAUACACGACAGCGUUGCAUUUAUGCGAUGAAUUUAAAGUUAAUAAAAGUUCCGUGCUUGAAAGUCUUGCUUCACAGUGUAUACGUUUAAGUCGAGGAGAAGAUCCAAACGCAUGGGACUGGCUUAUUCAAAACGAUAUAUUUGACAUUGGUUUAUCGAAUACAAAUAUUACAAACACCGCUUGGAGAUUGUUAGAAUAUUUAACGUUGAAGCAUGAAAAAGAUAGAUACAGUGAAUUGCAUAAAGCAGUCACUCGGAAAUUACUUCAAGAAGGAGCGUUUAUACCUCAAUGGUUAUUGAUAUCAUACAAGAAACGAAAUGCUGCCGAACUUCUUCGUCUUAUGUUAAAUGCUGGUAGAAUAUUAGAAGCUAGCGAGUUAGGAGUUGAAUACAUUAAUGCUGUUAUGGGUGAUGGUAAAGAAAAUUUCGGUCUUAAAACGCACUUAACAUCCGUAACUACACCAGUUUGGUUGCCACUUAACAUUUUAGAAGUACUAUUAUAUGAAUUAAAAGAAGUCAAAGAGAAUCCUACCUUUUCCGAGAGCUAUCAAAGAUUACAAGGAGCAUUACAAAGCUACGAACAGAAAGUGAUAAGGGUGUCAAAGGAUAUGAUUGAAAUAAAAUUAAGUAACAAGAAUUGCUAGUAGAAAAUCUAUACUAUAAAAGAUAAAAUUUUAUGUCACAUAUUUGGAACAAUAAUAUUAGAGAUUGUCAAGCAUAAAUCGGUGCAUGACUAAUUGAUAUCACCGUCGUAAAUACAAUAAUAACGCCAAGAAUCGCUGCGACAAUCACGGCAACCAUUUGUGGACAUCUUUUGAACAAAACCUGAAAUAAUUGUAAAUUUAAAAUGACCGUCAUUUAUGAAUAUAAUUUAUAACAAUUGA